AUGCCAGCGCUUACGAGUCCGACGGAAACUCCAUCGCCUCCUAGUAAUAGCUGGUCCAGUGUUUCCACUAAUCUUUGUUCAAUUCAUUCUCCAUAUGAGCGCCAAUACAUGACAGACACCAAUGCAUACACUUUUCCCACUCAUAUCGCACACAAUUCUCCGCCACUUCAACAAAAGCCGUCAAUUGGUCACAACUACUUCCAGUCAGAACCCGAGUCAUUGUCUAAUCAAUCGGAAUCGCUAUCCAUUUCUCCAACUCUUUUAACAUCCAAUAAGUCGUCUGCAAAGAAAAAAAAGACGACCAAAACCACAUACAAACACGUCCCGCAUCGGGAGAAACCCAUUCAUUUGGUCGCCCGAAGGAAUGCUCGGGAGAGACGACGAGUGCAGGCCGUGAACAGCGCUUUUGUGAGACUCCGAAAGUGUGUUCCCGUCGAGAAUCGCAACAAACGAUUGUCUAAAGUAAAGACAUUGCAUCGAGCGAUUGAAUACAUCGCCGGACUUCAAGACUUGCUCCGAGAGGCCGACCAACAGGAGGGCAUUGUUGCCGACAAUAGCGCCGAACAACUGAUGAACGGUUUGAUUAAGGCUGAGAUGGAGUGCACGGAAAAAAAGUUUAAUAAAGAGAACAGAAUCGGAGAUCAGAAAUGGAUUUCAAUCGAAACAACAUUUAAUGAUUGGCACUCUUUUGGUUCAUAUCAUUGA